AUGGAUGUACAUGUAUCAAUUGCGCGAAGCAGUGGAGUGGGUGAAUGCAUUGUCAGUGACAGUGACAGUGACAAUGACAGUGACAGUGACAGUGACGUGGGUGUCACGUGUGGUGAUGAGAUCGACUGUGACGCCUGGGAAGAGGAGGAGAGAGUGCGCGAAGAAGCGAACGAAAGGAAACUGCUGCAACGGUACCCGCAGCUCACACCCUACACCGAAGGAUUGCCAGAUGAUCUGUUGAGAGUCAAAUCAGACAUUGUGGCCAUUGACAGUGGAAAGGCCACGAGUCUGCGCAAGCAGUGGUACGACAAAGGAUUCAGCAGAGAUCAGAACAAGUACAAUCGACUGCAUCUCUACGGACCUUUCGUGCGACAAUCCGACCAAGAGCUCAUACGCACCACCGUCGCCUCGUGGUAA